CGCCGCGCGGGGACGGGGCCACGCCGCCAUCUUGGUCGCCCUCAGCAUGGUGGAGAAGGGCCGCGCCGGCGCCUCCGGACAGGCCCCGGCCCCGGCCCCGGCCCGCGGCGGCCUCAGCGAGGAGGAGGCGGCGCAGUACGACCGGCAGAUCCGCCUGUGGGGGCUGGAGGCGCAGAAGCGGCUGCGGGCGUCUCGGGUGCUGCUGGCGGGCGUGGCGGGGCUGGGCGCGGAGGUGGCCAAGAACCUCAUCCUGGCCGGCGUCAAGGCCCUGACGCUGCUCGACCACCGGCAGGUGUCACCAAAAGACGCCCAAACGCAGUUCUUGAUCCCUCUGGGCUCUGUAGGCAAGAACAGAGCUGAAGCCUCCCUGGAGCGGGCUCGAGACCUAAACCCCAUGGUCGAUGUGAAAGCAGACCAGGAGAACGUUGACCAGAAGACUGAGGAGUUUUUCACCCACUUUGAUGUGGUUUGUCUGACGUGCUGUUCCCAGGAGGUCCUGAUGAAGGUUGACCAAAUAUGCCACAAAAACGGCAUUAAGUUCUUUGCGGGUGACGUCUUUGGCUACCACGGCUAUAUGUUUGCCAACCUAGGCGAACAUGAAUUUGUGGAAGAGAAGAUCAAACUGGCCAAAGCCAGCCAGAUAAUGGAGGAUGGGCCUGACAGCAAAAAGGCCAAGCUGGACUUUACGGAGACCACCAUGGUGAAGAAGCAUGUGGUUUUCUGCCCCCUGAAGGAAGCUUUUGGUAUCAGCUGGAGCAGCCAGAGGGGCAAGGCUACCCUGAAGCGCACGACACCGGAUUACUUCCUGCUGCGAGUGCUCCUGAAAUUCCGGACAGAAAAGGGCAGAGAUCCUUCACCUCAGGCCUGUGCUGAAGAUGCAGAGGUGCUUUUGCAAACGCGCACGGGUGUGCUGGAAUCCUUGGGCGCUGCUGGGGCCGAUCUCCUCCCUGAUGACUUUGCCCGCUGCUGCUUCUCUGAAAUGGCUUCUGUCUGUGCUGUGGUUGGAGGGGUGCUGGGGCAAGAGAUUGUUAAGGCACUGUCGCAACGAGAUGCUCCCCUCAACAACUUCUUCUUCUUUGAUGGCAUGAAGGGCAAUGGGAUUGUGGAAUGCCUGGCCCCUGGCUGACCCCCAGCUAGUGCUCUUAGAGUGACUAUUGCCUGCCUGCCUUCUGGUUCUCACUUCCCCAGGGGGCUGGGUGAGUGAGUGACUGGAGCAUCGGGCCAGGCUGAACCACCAACCUCCUCUCCCUUCUGGCAGCUUGUCUCUCAGUUACUCAAUAAAAGUUGGUCUUUUCGUAA